AUUCUAUCAAAAACAGGCCAGCGUGCUUGCUUUGACAAAUUCCAUUUGUUUGGCUCAAAACCUAGCCUUCCCUCGGUACUAUUGACCGAAAUCUCCCACCAGCAGCUCCACGAACUACCAGAGUGGCACAUAGUUCAGAGCAUUAUCGACGCAUUUUUUAGUUCGUCCUUCCGACUUGUUUACCCUAUCCUUGACAGGGUUCUUUUCGAGGAGACAUUGACAGCGGCCUAUUCCACUCCCGAAAGGGGACCCUUAUCCCACAUUCAGCUGUCGGCCAAAGCAUGCGUCUUGGCCGCCAUGUCCAUGAUGACGCGGCUGAAACGGUCGAAUGAUCUCACUCAUUCUGUUCGGGGAGGCAUGUGCGCAUACAAGGCACAGACUCUCUUGACGUUGAUUGCCUGGAAAGCAAGCCUAGAGAGCCUGCAGACAGUGCUCAUGCUGCAAAUCUACCGAACAUCGACUGGCGAAUGGGAGGAUGCUGUUACGCUUCACUCAAUUGCCUGUCGCAUGGUCUGCAGUCUUGGUGGACAUUUCUAUCAGGCCACCAAAUACAACGCCCCUUCAGUGUCCUCCGUUGAACGCCAGAGCUGGCAUACCAGAAUACUCUUCUGGUUGUCGUAUAUCUUUGACAAAGAUAUAUCGCUUCGAUCUGGGCAGCCUCCUUUGCUCACUGAGGAAUAUUGCGACUUGACCCCUCCCGAGAGUUACACAAACCGAUAUGAUUGUCAAUCUGGUCUCAGUCAAGACUAUAACAGCGAGAACUGUACUUCCGACGGAUUCACCCCUUAUUUCCUGGGAGAUCUUGGCCUGAGCUAUAUAAAGGAAAAGACAUGCCACCUCCUAUACUCUCCUACAGCCUUCAAGGUCGACGAUACCCAACUCCUCCUUCAUAUUCGUCACUUGGAUACUGAGCUUGAAAGUUGGCGAGCGUCUAUCCCGAUGGGGUAUCGGCCGAAGCUAUCAAUCCCACCCGGUUGUCUAAUAUUUGAUGCUGCAAUGAGCUCCUGGCAGCGUAUGAAAUGCUUUCAUCUGCAACUGGAAUAUCACUGCCUCAUGACGGCUAUUCACACGACAGUGAGGAGAUGUGGUGCUGUAUAUGCCGAAGCUCCGAAUCUGCCUGAUGAUCUUCAUAGCGUCUUCCACUCAAGCAGUGACCUUUCUUUGGAAGCUAGUCGUUCGACCUUGGCGCUGCUCAAAAGCCAUAUCAACGUGCUAGAAGAUGAGGUGUUCUGGCGCGUCGCUUUCUAUCCCUUUGUGGCGGCCAUGUCCUUGUUCAUGAACAUUCUAAUUCACCCUCUGGACCCCCAAGUACAGAUUGAUCUGGAGAUCUUGGCAUCGACUAUCUCCAUAUUCCAGAACGUUCCGGUGCAAGCUUUGACUAGCGAUGAGACUGAGUACAUCAAGGAGAUGAAUAAUUUUGUAACAGAGCUUGUACGUCUUGGCAAUUGUGCUUUGUGGAAGGCAAGAAGAGAGGAAAAGGAGGAAACAGGGCAGCCUGCAUCGAGAUCGUAG